UUCUUGUCUUCUCAAUUAAACAUUAAUACUUCUAAUCAGUCUAUCCUAUCCGCCCAAACGGCCCUUGCCUCCACGCCCACGUCACCAUGCACUUCCUCAACAUCCUCGCCCCCCUCCUGGCCCUCGCCGCCACAGCCACGGCAGCACCAGCCGAAAGAAUCUUCAAGCGGGUCGGCUGCACCUGCAACGCAGCCUUCACGGCCGUGUGCGAAAACGGCGCAACCGAAGCGCCGCUCAACGUCGAGAGCGGCGUGUGCACCUAUGCCUGCACGCAGCCGCGCGGCGGCAUCAAGAAAAUCUACGGCGAGACGGACGGCGACAACUGCCAUCGCCUGACGGCGUACGGGACGAGCAAUUGCGAGCAGCCGACGUACUCGUCUACCACCACGGAGUGCAAUCGCGGCCAGCCGGGGUUGACGUCGGGGAAUGCGCAGUGGUAUGGGUUCAUUGCUGAUUGUGCCUGCGAGUGAGGGCCAUUGUCGUGGAGGCGGAGGUUGAAGGAUGGGUAUAUAACUUUUUGUGUCGUAAUCGAUCAAUGUGAACUUUGUGUUGCAGUCUUGAGAACGAACAUUUGUUGCCUCGCCGGGAUUGUGAUGGACCUCCGCUGCUGUAGUGUCCCACUCCCCCGGGCUCGAAGCUGGAAAGAUUGAAAAGCGUCGGCGAGGCCAACACAGUUCAAGGGAAGCCGCACAUGAAGCCCGCCACGACCGCCAGACUCGCCACGACCGACACCAACGAUGCCUUCGCAGUUGCGCCCGCGCUCUUGGCGGA